AGUGCUCAGUCUAUAUCCGGUCGUUGAAGAGUUAACUUGAAUCUAACUGCUUGAAUAUUUUUCGGUGUGCCAUUCGAACUUAGCAAAUUUUUGUUUAUACUUGAAUUAUCAUACAAGUUAUAGUUUAAAAUGGCAAAAUUGGGAUUGUUGUUUGUCGCUGUUUUCUGCGUCGUUCAAAUUUCGUUGGCAGCCCGUUUACCACGUGAAACAGAAGAAGGCAACAGCACCGAGGCCAGUUUUUUCGAUAAAGUCAAAGGUUCAUUUGGUCAAUUGAGCGAUAGCAUUUCGAAAACAUUCACCAAAGAAAAUGCCGACAAAAUCGUGAAAUCAGUAUCGGAUGGUGCUGAAGAGUUUGGAAACAAAGCAAAGGAGACGUACCAAGAGCUUGCUGACAAAGCGUCAGAUAAAUUUUCAGAAAUUAAAAAAGAUAUUUCAGGAAAUCCUGAUGGAACUGAAAAUUCAAACUAAACUCCACUACACUCCAUGCCAUCAAUUUGAUGGAAUGUUAAAUGAAAUUUUUAUUCUACCACGAGCAGCAAAACUAACUAUUCAACUUUUUUUCAGAAUCAAUUUUGUUGUAAUGAAGAAAUGUAUUUCCAUAUUCAAUUGAACCGAAGCACAAUUUUUCAUGCCGAUUCUAUGACAAUAAAAAGGAAGUAAGCAAAACAAAUUAAUCAAA